UCCAAUAACAGUGACGUUUGAUUUGAGGCUCUCUGAGGGAAAGACUUCAAAAAAACACAAUCAGCUGUAGCCUGCUCACCUCCUGUCGUGUGCUUCAAAGCGUCCAGAGUGAAAUAGGGCUCUGUUCCAGUGGGAGCCUCUGAUCCACUGCCUGGCUGCUAAUCCGCCCCUUGGUUGAUAACUCAUGACCUUGUGUCCUGAUGUGUCGGUGAUAUGGGAGAGUGGUGGACAACAGUGCCAAUAGAGACAUCUAUGGGAAACUAUGAGCUCUCCAGUAUAUCACAUGUGACAAUGUCCCCCUCGAGACAAAACAACCUCGUGUCAAUGCUUUCUUCUUUGCCCCUUUCCAAAAGCUCUUACAAUGUGAUAAGUGCCUUUUGCACAGAGGAUAAUAUUCCUCAGUGCAUCUCAUACAUCAAUCAGGAGCUCGUGUCCCUGGGACUCUCCUCCACAUGUAUUGAGGCCAUCUCACCAGGGGGAGCUGCCCUAAGCACAGUGCCAGCUCUGAAUGCCAUGUAUGAACUGCUGCAGAUUCAGAGGCGCAGCAUGGGCACUUUAGAGGAGCUUGAGAAAGAACAGCUAAAGAAGUCCAGCACCUUAGAGCACAUUCAGAUGAACAACUCCAGACUCAAGGAUCAGUUGGAACUGUCCAUGAGGGAGAAAUCGGGUCUACAUGAGACCGAGAGGCAGCUACAACUCAAAAUUAAGACUCUACAAAGCUGCCUGAAAACUGAAAAAGAUGAGGUUCAGAAGCUCCAGAGUAUCAUUGCCAGUCGUGCCUCCCAGUACAGCCAUGAUGCCAAGAGAAAAGAAAGAGAAUCUGCAAAGCUCAAAGAACGCCUCGGCCAACUACUGGUUGACAGAAAGGACAAAAAAAUAACUAUUGAUAUGCUGAAUUGCCUGGGACGCUCAGAUGGAAAAAGGAGCCACUGGAAGACUGCAAAAGUGACAGCCAGCCAUGAGGGCAUGAUGUACAAGUCCUUGCUCAGUGACUACGAGGCGAGUCAUAGGUCCCUGAUGCUGGAGAAUGCUGAGCUUAAGAAAGUCCUCCAGCAGAUGAAAUGGGAGAUGAUACAUAUCCUGAGUCCACGCCAAUCCUCCAGCAGUGGAGCCAUUGCUGAUGAGAGUCAAGAGCAGGCCGAUUCAGAUGGGGAAGAGAAAGCAGGUGACUCUAGCAGGGAAACGCUGGAUCAAUCAUGUGAACAUGCCAGGGAGUUGCUCACCAACAGCAUCCGCCAGCAGUGGAGAAAACUGAGGAGCCACAUGGAAAAAUUAGACAGCCAAGCAUCUCAAGUGCACAAUCAGCUGGAGUCUAAUAAAGAGGUGAUACCAAGGGAGACCCACGAGGAUGAGAUGGAGAGGAUGAGGCGUGAAGUGCAGCAGUGCAAAGAGUUCAUUCAUGCACAGCAACAACUCCUCCAGCAACAACUCAACACAUCAUUUGAUGAUGAGACUGCAGCCCUUCUUAAUGACUGCUACACUUUGGAGGAGAAAGAGCGACUCAAAGAGGAAUGGAAACUCUUUGAGGAACAAAAGAGAAACUUUGAGAGGGAGAGAAAUAACUUCACAGAGGCUGCUAUUCGCCUGGGGCGAGAGAAAAAGGCCUUCGAGGAGGACCGUGCCUCUUGGCUAAAAAAUCAAUUUUUGAACAUCACUCCCUUCACAGACCGUAGGAGAUUUUCCUCAUCUGAUGGUCAAAGUGCCUUAUCAAUCAGAAGUGAGCCAGAGAUGAGGAUAUCUUCUACAAAAUCUCAGCUGGCCAAAUCAUCAACCUACACUACAUUCUCCACUCCUAAACCUGCACAAAGUGCUACUGUGCCAUCCACAACCGAACUUUACCGGACACUCCGCCUGAUACCAGACAGCAGUUCCUCCAGACCUUCAAAUAGAAGAUGCCGACAGGAGUCUAGCAUCAUUGAUGAUGGAGAUACUCGAGUCAAGUCAAAAAACAGAGUUCGAUGUGGGGACUUGGGUGUCUUCUCUUUGGGUGAAGAUGAGAACAGCCUCACUUGAAGACCCUCUAGUGCCUUUUUCCCACCAAGUGAUCCACUUCAACAUCAAUGCAUGGCUGACUUCCCACAGCAUUGAUGAACAUUUCUUUUUUUUCCCCCCAACAUCAUUGCUGUGUUGCUUCAUGUUGGACAUACGCAGAUCAUUCACCAAAGCUGAUCGAACAAGAAAGCACUUUAAUGAUUUUGCCAUUGUUAAUUUCUUUUCUGUGUGCAAACAAAUCAACACUGACAUUUGAGAAAUUAAGCUAUAUUCAGUCAGAGAAGGGUACCAAGUAGUGAUUUUUUAAAAAUAUACAUAAUAUAUAUGACUUUGAAGUGAUUUCUACAGUUGAUUUAUAUAUUGAAAGCUUAAGUUUUACUGUAAAAUUAACUCUAAUGUUUACAUAAUGUAGAUAUAUAAAUUAUGAGUUUACUUUUACUGGGAGCAUGUUGAACAAAUUGCUUAGGAUGACCAUAGUCUUCUCUUCUCUGCUGGUGUAAGAGUACAAUAAAGAUUUUUUUU